AUGGGAUGGUUUACAGACCUCACGGGCGUUCUUGCCCCGGCAUUUAUCGUCAUGUCGCCGAUUUUGUCCUACGGCGACCAGGCUGUAUCGAUGCAUAGGAACAAGUCGAGCGCGGGCUUUUCUCUCGACAUUCCCCUAAUUAUGCUCGUGGCUUCGCUCUUAAAAAUCUUCUACUGGCCCAGCGCGCGUUUUGAAGGAAGUCUCCUCGCCCAGGCGGUCCUGAUGGUCUUCAUGCAAGUUGCUUUGCUCAAGAUUGCGCUCGAUCACCGUCCUCCGCCGUCCUCGAAGGGCGGGGAGGCUGCUACUCCCUUUGCCGGCGCUACCGAGCCACGGUGGGCGUACUCCAGGCCCUACAACUUUUGGCAAUGGCGAUCGCCCAAACCAUACUGGAAUUUCUUGCUUUACCUCUUCGUCGCAUUGGUCUUGUGCGAGUUUCUUCUAUCCCCCUGGGGUACCGUCUACACCGGCUACGCAUCGAUCCUGGGAUACAUGGGCCUUGCCAUCGAGGCGACCUUGCCCAUCCCCCAGAUUCUCGCGAAUACGCAGUCUCAGUCCUGCAAGGGCUUCCGCUUCUCCGUGCUCGCUAGCUGGCUCAUCGGCGACAGCAUGAAGAUGUUUUGGUUCUUCACGACUCCCGGCACGAUCCCCUUCGCUUUCAAGAUGUGCGGCAUCUUCCAGGCCUGCUGCGAUUCUUUCCUGGGCGUCCAAUACUUGAUGUACGGCGAGGGCCAGCCCGAAGUGGUCAAAGACCACCUGAUGGACGAUAUUGCGGGCGGUGAUUUUUUGGGCCCCCGGCUUGCAAAGGUGUCUUCGACUGAGUAUGGUCCAACCCCCACGGGCCGAUUUGGCGUCAAUGAGGAAAAGUUUUAG